AAAAGCCCGAUCAGUUCGCGUUUGAUACGAAAGUGCAAAGACCAUAAAGGCAAUUCAGUUUUGCAUUGAUCCCGCAGAGUAAAGUGAACACACCUUACAAGAAGUUUAGAAAUAUGUCCCGUAGAAAAUUGGACUUGGAACUUGUACUUAGCACCCUGCUCAAAGCAGUGCGAUUAAGGAAGAAUAUCAGCCGUCCAGAAGCGCGAGCAGCAGACGAGGACCAGAUUGAGAGAUUUUCUGGGAACCAUACAGCGCGUGAAGCAGACCAUUCAGAAGGAUUUCUAGAACGGGUGUAUAAUUUCAUCUUGGAAUUGACUAUGCCUAUAUUGGAAAAAAUGUUUGACUUUGUAGAGAACGUUAUUUUACAAGCAGUUGGUUUCGUGGAAAAUGCUGUGGAAGUUUUCAUACGAGAAGUUAAAGUGCAACAAGCGGCACUAGAAGCCCUCGUGAAAUAUUUAACCAAUUAUUUGGGCUUUGCCAUUACUUAUUAAUCAAAGCAUUUCAUUUGGUUCGAUACAUACAUAUGUACAUAUACCCAUAUUUUUAAUGGCAAUUAAUAAAUAGUACUGAUAAGGGGUAA